AUGACAAUAUCAUAUACGGGUAAUCUCUGUCGCCUUUUGAUUCGAUGGAAAGGAAGUCUAUGGAGAUCAGUUUGGAGGGAGUUGUUUGUCUUCCUCAUUCUUUACUACAUUGUUCGACUUUUUUACAAUCACUUAUUACCAUUAUUAAAUAAAGAGGAUCCUGAGAAAUACAGAUUUGAAUUUGAAAGAAUUGCAAUGGUGUUUGAUCAGUACACGAAGCUGAUUCCUCUUACAUUCUUAUUAGGCUUCUAUGUAUCCAAUGUGGUUGUCAGAUGGUGGCGACAGUUUGAGUGCAUACCUUGGCCAGAAGACCUACUGUCACUGCUAUGUACGAUAAUUCCGGGUAAGGAUAUCAAGAGUCAACAGCGGAGGCAUACUAUUGCUCGAUAUACCAAUCUGACAGCAGCCCUGGUCUAUCGCGAAAUAUCUAGUAUAAUUCGACGUCGUUUCCCGUCGCUAUCACAUUUAGUGGAGAGUGGACUUCUCACCGAUACGGAACUGAAACUGCUUAACGAAAUCUCGAGAGAAAUUAAAAAUGUACGGUGGAUGAUACCACUUCAUUGGAUACAGCAAAUUGUCAUGGAUGAAUUCACUGAUAACGCACCUCCACCAGCUCUCGUGAAUCAGUUCAUGCAGCAGUUAAGGGCCUAUCGCACGGCUUUCCGCAAAUUAUUCUCUUAUGAUUGGGUGUGCGUGCCAUUAGUUUAUACUCAGGUAGCAGCUCUAGCUACAUAUACACACUUUGGCUUUUGCCUCAUAGGCAGACAAUAUCUAGAUCCAUCGAAGAAAUAUAGGGGUUAUGAGAUGGAUCUCAUAAUCCCAAUAUUCACAAUCGUUCAGUUCCUUUUCUUCGUUGGCUGGUUCAAAGUAGGGCAGGAUCUGAUGCAUCCCUUCGGCACGGAUGACGACGAUUUCGAGCUCGAUUACAUCUUCGAACGUAAUGUCAGCAUGUCCUUUGCCAUCGUUGAUCGACUUCAGAUGAACGAUUAUGAGCCACUGCAAAACGACAAAUUUUGGAUAUCGGAUGAUUCUGUUGCAAUAUCAAUUCCGCGAACAGGUUUACCUAAUCAACACAAGCCUCGAAAGCCUAUGAGGCAUAUUCCCUCUUACAAAUCGGCCGGGAGCCGUGAUAUGGAGAAAGGAAAAACGGCAUGCAAUGUAUGGAAAAAAAAAUGGCAUGGAUACGAGUAA